GGCUCGAGCCCAACUGAACCCUCCGCCGCUUUCUCAUUUGCGGACUUGCACCAUGUUACCGCUUUUGCUGCUAAUGCUGCCGGCUGCGGCUGCGGCCGUGGGGUCCGGGGAGUGCGAGCAUAGCACGCUGUUGCAGAAGAACCUUGCCUCACUGAAAGCGCUCAAAGUGACGGAGGCGCCGGCCUUGUUCGCCGCGAAGGGCCUGAACAUGACCACAGCGAAGGACACGCUGCAGAUGGCAGCCAAGAACGUGUCAGAAGCAGUGAAGAAUGCCCAAGCCACCCUGGAGGCAAAGGAGUUGAACAUUGACACCUUGGAGUCCUUCAAGUCGGACAGCACUCACGAGCUGGAAAAGGUCUUUGAGGCGAUGAAGGUGCAGCUGAGAAAGGGCAUCGAGCAGCUCCAGCCGGCCCUGAAAGCGUUGAACCUCUCCUCGAGUGCUACCAGCCUGCAGAACAUGUCCGAGACCGCCGAAAAGGAAAUCAACAAGAUGAAGGACGGCAGCGACCUGGUGGAGCUUCAUGGGACAGACGUGGCGGCGACUGUGUGGGAGGGCAAAGCGUUUCUCACACAGGCCUUCCAAAACUGGACCAAGUCGGCUACCAAAGAGCUGCUAGAUCAGGUGAGUAGCAAGGAACGUGAACUGCUGGAGACCUACACCAAGGAGAAGGUGUCUUCCGCCACAAGCAUCGUGGAUGACAUGCUUGAACAAGCGGCCAAUUUCAUUGCUGCAAUUUGCGCAGCGAUUGAGGACGUUACAUUGAAUAUUGAAUAUGAAGAAGGCACCUACGACCCAAUGUCAGAGGACGACAUGAUGGCAGAGGGAUGAACUGACCGCUGACCUUGGCAAUGCUUUGCAGG